AAUGGAGGCAUUGAGGAAUGAUUAAAGAGCUCCAAGCCUCCAACCAUGGCUUCCCCGUUUGCCCCCCCACGCCCCAGACAAAAUCCCAUAUAAUCCAAAAUAAUUGGCGGUGCAAAUUCAACAAAUUUCAAACUUUUUUCACUUAAUAAGAAUAAAAUAAACUUAUUUUUUUUUUAAAAAAAAAUUUCUUGUUUAAAUAAUCUUCGUGACAUGGUGUCGGUAAUAAUUGGUUUGUUUAAAUUAUCAAAAAGCGGAAGAUUAUUUUAAAAAACCCAAGCAAAAGGGAUAGAAAACUCAAACAUCAGCUUCUUUAUUUCUUCUUCUUAUAGAGAUUCACAUAUCUUGAGCUUGGAGUUGUUCGCCCGCCACGUUUCUCAAGUUUUCGCUUAUUUGGUUGUUAUUCAUAAGUUCUUUUAUUGAGUUUGUUGAUUUUGCUGAAUCAAGGGGUUGAAGAAUAGUUUGGUUUUGGAAAAUCUGGGAUUUAUUUUUGUUGUGGUAAGUGGAUAGAGGAGGGGAUCGGUUCGGUUACUUUUUAUGAUAACGAGGUUUUGAAGCGAAAAUGUGGAGCCUAUGGAGUCGUUGAUUUGAUUGAGAAAAGGGGGUAUACUUUGCUUGAUUUGAUCUGGAUUGAGCUGAAGGUUGAUUAGUGUUUUAAUUUUUGCAAUUGGAGAAGAACCACUUUUCCAGCCGAUUGAGAAGCUGGGGCUUUCUGGGUUUCUGGUUUUGGAAUCUGGUUCGUGGAGUUUUCGUGCGUUCAGUCUCACUGGUUUGAAUCGCUUUUGAACCAGUCAAGAAGAUUAAAAAGCGAAUCUAUUUACCGUGCAAUAAGAUCGAACUAGUGUUUGUGAAGCUGGGCGGCUUGGAUGUGCAAGAGUCUGUUUUAUUAUACAGAUAGUGACUAUAACUCAAAAGGUUUCUAUCAAGUAACCUUUGAUUCUGGGAGAUGGGUUGUGAGUCCUCCAAACUUAUGCCAUGUUGCUUGAAUUCACAAGUGAAGGCAUCGGUUCUUGAAGUGCCUGAUAUUGAGGAUGAGGAGAAGAGCGAGCUUAGCCACUUGCCUAGAUUCCGGGAAUUCACAUUUGAUCAACUUAAAAAUGCUACUUCAGGAUUUGCAGUGGAAAAUAUUGUAUCUGAGCAUGGAGAGAAAGCUCCAAAUGUCGUUUACAAAGGGAAGCUGGAAAAUCAGAUGAGAAUUGCUGUCAAACGCUUCAAUAGGAUGGCUUGGCCUGAUGUUCGGCAGUUUUUGGAGGAAGCAAGAUCUGUUGGUCAGCUCCGCAACCAGAGAUUGGCAAAUUUACUUGGUUGUUGUUGUGAAAAUGAUGAACGGUUGCUUGUGGCAGAAUAUAUGCCCAAUGAAACUCUGGCAAAACACCUUUUUCAUUGGGAAACGCAACCUAUGAAAUGGGCAAUGCGACUAAGGGUUGUUCUACAUCUUGCUGAAGCGUUAGAAUACUGUACAAGCAAAGGGCGUGCCCUUUAUCAUGAUCUUAAUGCUUACAGAAUUUUGUUUGAUGAGGAUGUUAAUCCUAGGCUCUCAAGCUUUGGCCUGAUGAAAAAUAGUAGGGAUGGAAAAAGUUAUAGCACCAAUCUGGCAUUCACCCCGCCUGAGUAUCUCAGAACUGGGAGAGUCACAUCAGAAAGUGUAAUAUAUAGCUUUGGCACUCUUUUGCUUGACCUUAUCAGUGGGAAGCAUAUUCCUCCCAGCCAUGCCCUUGACCUUAUUCGGGACAGGAAUCUUCAGAUGUUGACCGAUUCUUGCUUGGAACAACAGUUGUCCGAUGAUGAUGGGACUGAGUUGGUACGUUUGGCUUCCCGAUGUUUGCAGUAUGAACCUCGAGAACGGCCAAAUCCAAAGUCACUAGUGGCUGCUUUGACUCCACUUCAGAAGGAAACAGAGGUUCCUUCUCAUGUGUUGAUGGGUAUUUCACAUAGUGCUUCAGUCUCUCCCCUGUCUCCACUUGGUGAGGCAUGCUCAAGAAGGGACUUGACUGCCAUACAUGAGGUCUUGGAAAGUAUUAGCUACAAAGAUGACGAAGGAGUGGCAAAUGAGCUCUCUUUUCAAAUGUGGACCAACCAAAUGCAGGAAACUUUGAAUUCAAAGAAAAAGGGUGAUACUGCUUUUCAUCAGAAAGAUUUUAGAGCCGCAAUUGAGAAUUAUACACAGUUUGUUGAUGGUGGAACCAUGAUUUCUCCAACAGUUUUUGCACGCCGUAGUUUAUCUUAUCUCAUGGGUGACAUGCCUCAAGAAGCUCUGACUGAUGCAAUGCAAGCUCAGAUCGUUUCCCCCGUAUGGCACAUUGCUUCUUAUCUCCAGUCUGCUGCUCUUGCUGCACUUGGAAUGGAGAAUGAAGCGCAAGCAGCUCUUAAGGAGGGUGCAAUUCUUGAAGCAAAGAGGAAUGCGCCUGCUGGACACAAGUGAAAGUGGAAGUGGAAAUUCUCAUUCUCACUCUUCUCAUUGUGGUGGUCCACAUAUGAAGAUUACAAUUGUUAUUGAUUGCAAGGUUUUUGCUUCCAGGCAGGGCACUCCUUCCAUAUGGCACUAACUUCUCAGAUAAAUUCUCUGAGAACCGAGUGUCGUUGGAUUUCGGACAAACAAUAUUUUGAUGGGUGUGGGUUUUUGCAAAUUUUUAUAUGUGGUCUAGGAAGUUUAUUGUUAUUGUGUUUAGAAUUUCUUUGAUUGUGCUUUUGCAUCUGCUGCCACUAAAAAUGAAAAAAAGUCGAAAAAUUAUUGUGAAGAGAUUUUCAACGAGUUGUAAUUUUUGUAUAGAUAGUAUGCCUGGUUUCUUCUUGCUGAUGUAAAAUUGUUGGUUUUGGAUUAUUGUCUUCUUUAAACAAUUGCAGAAAUAAAAUUCAUUUGUCUCCA